CCAGCCAGAGACAGAGACACGACACAGCCACCAGACCAGACCAGACCAUGGACGGCGGCGGCGGCGGCGGCGGCGUGCGGCCAGCGCCCAUCCAGCCCGCGGCGGCCGGAGGAGGGGCGGCGGGACCGGACGAGCCCCGCGACGCGCGCGUGGUGCGGGAGCUGCUCCGCUCCAUGGGGCUCGGCGAGGGCGAGUACGAGCCGCGCGUCGUCCACCAGUUCCUCGACCUCGCCUACCGCUACGCCGGGGACGUGCUCGGCGACGCCCAGGUCUACGCCGACCACGCCGGCAAGCCCCAGCUCGACGCCGACGACGUCCGCCUCGCCAUCCAGGCCAAGGUCAACUUCUCCUUCUCCCAGCCGCCGCCCCGCGAGGUUCUACUCGAGCUGGCACGCAGCCGGAACAAAAUCCCGCUGCCCAAGUCCAUCGCGCCGCCCGGCUCGAUUCCUCUGCCACCUGAGCAGGACACCUUGCUGAGCCAGAACUACCAGCUCCUACCCGCAUUGAAGCCGCCAACUCAGACCGAGGAAGCAGAAGACGAGGAAGAAGGCGCCAACGCAGACGCUGCCAAUCCUAACCCGAACUCCUCGCAGGAUCAGAGGGGCAACGAGCAGCAGCACCAGCCUCAGAGCCAGGGCCAGAGGGUUUCUUUCCAGCUGAACGCCGUGGCCGCUGCAGCCGCAAAGCGUCCUCGAAUGACGAUUGAUCAGUUGAACAUGGGCUGACUGGCUGUUGUAGAGAUCGUUGGCGUUGGCUGGUUCCUGUUACUUGUUCCCGCAAGGCUGCCUGCUGAAUGCUGAUGCGUGUGUAGUGUAGCUUGCUGGGAUCGCCCUUUUUGGUCCUCCUAUUUCACCAUGAGAUUGUUCAUAAGUUAAUAAUUCACCAUGAGAAACGCUGAUGCUUCAGCAAAGGGAGCAGCCUUGCAAAUAAUGUAUGUUGUAGCUGUGCAACUCAGGUUGAUUAGUUUCUGUCCAUUGUUGUCAACUUGGUUUGUUUUGUAGAUUGUAUUUACUUGUCGUCGAACUUGAACUGUUCCGAUGUUGUUUUUCCGAAUGUUAAUAAGUGUUCCUGCUGACUA